AUGUUGAACCAUCCUCAGCAUGGAUACAAGUUCUUAAUGGAUGACUUGAUCAAAUCAUUUACGGACAGAGGUGAGAAUUUAUAUGAAAAGUGGCCACAGUUCCGAUCGGCUGUCCUCAAUAUGAUGCAAGAAGAGAAGAUGAAACCAAUAUUUGAUGAUAUAGAAUCCGAUGGACAACCGAAUACAGGAGGGGGAGAAGAAAUUGUUGAGCAGACAAUGCUUCAGGAUGAUAUUCUAUCGAUUCUUGGUAGUGAUAACUCAACCAGAAGAUCUUUUAGCGACACCAUUCAGGUUGAGAUUGCCAACCGCUGGUCCCAUAUUUUGGCUUCUGGUCUAGAGGAAGCCACUCAGACGGCUUUGACGGAAAAAUAUUUUCCCCCGGAAAACUGCCCAUUAUUGAAUCCUCUUGUAAAGGUUGCUAUCUCAGAUUCGGUCAUCCUUAGAGGCGGCCGAUUGGUGGCACUGCAGCAGCAAAUGGCUGCUAGUAUGACUGCUAUUGGGUCAGUGCUAACAAAAUGA